UGUCAUGUGGAACUGAAGUGACUAAUGUUUAACAGAGCAGUGUGUUGAUGAUGAAUCUCCCCAGUAACACUGAAACCACGCUCAUUUUUGGCAUACUGUACCUCAGGGUGAGUAAAUAACAUCUCUGCCUGCUAUAUAUGGACUAUAAACUGUAAGUUUAUUAUAUAACUAUCUUGUAUAUCUGCAUAUCUGUGCAUCUUAAAUCAUUAACGCAUGAUCUUUGUAAAAUUAGGUUUAUGAAGACAUUUGUUUAGAGUUCAACUUGCUGCACUGCUGGUCUUUUGGAGUUUGAGAUAAUGCCAAACAAAGCACAAGAGGAUGCUGUGAUUAACCUGAAGACGUUGCAGGAGAUUUCCACUCAGCUUGGUUUUGAGUGGACAGUUUUGGCGUAUGAACUUGGCUUCAACAGAACGGAAAUUGGGCGGUUCCACACUAAAUCUACAGAGAAGAGUGUCCAGGCCAGGACCAUGUUGGAAAGCUGGUAUGAGAAGUCAUGGGACAAGCCCAAUAAAACCAAGCUGCUGCAGGAUGGACUGGAGCGAGCAGGCCGAAGGGACCUGGCUGAGAGGCUGCGCUGCCUCCACUGGGGCCACCAGAAACUAAGCCAGAGGGUGGAGCUGCCCUCCGCCUUCCCCUUCCUCAUCACAGUCCACAAGACCAUUCACAACCGAGACGCACUACGCAGGAUCAACGACCUCAACCGUAGAUACACUUAA